GGUGGCGCGCGUGCGUGCGUAGCCCGCUCCCGGGCCAUGGAUGGCUGGGCGGGGGCCGAGCUCUCAGCCCUGAACCCCCUGCGUACGCUGUGGCUGGCGCUGGCCGCCGCCUUCCUGCUCGCGCUGCUGCUGCAGUUGGCGCCCGCCAGGCUGCUGCCGAGCUGCGCGCUCUUCCAGGACCUCAUCCGCUACGGGAAGACCAAGCAGUCUGGCCCGCAGCGCCCCGCCGUCUGCAGGGCCUUCGACGUACCUAAGAGGUACUUUUCUCACUUCUACGUCAUCUCAGUGUUAUGGAAUGGCUCCCUGCUCUGGUUCCUCUCUCAGUCUCUGUUCCUGGGAGCACCUUUUCCAGACUGGCUUUAUGCUUUGCUCAGAACUCUUGGGGCCACGCAGUUCCACGCCCCAGGGAUGGAGUCCAAGGCUUCUCGGAUGCUAGCGGCUGAGCUGGCUCUGUCUGCCUUCUUGGUGUUGGUGUUCCUCUGGGUCCACAGCCUUCGGAGACUCUUCGAGUGCUUCUACGUCAGUGUCUUCUCUAACGCAGCCAUUCACGUUGUGCAGUACUGUUUCGGGCUUGUCUACUAUGUCCUUGUCGGCCUGACGGUACUGAGCCAAGUGCCCAUGGAUGACAAGAAUGUGUAUGUCCUGGGGAAGAAUCUACUGAUACAAGCUCGGUGGUUCCACAUCCUGGGAAUGAUGAUGUUCUUCUGGUCAUCUGCCCAUCAGUAUAAGUGCCACGCCAUUCUCAGCAAUCUCAGAAGAAAUAAAAAAGGUGUGGUCAUCCACUGCCAGCACAGGAUCCCCUUUGGAGACUGGUUUGAGUAUGUGUCCUCCGCUAACUACCUGGCAGAGCUGAUGAUCUACAUCUCCAUGGCUGUCACCUUUGGGCUCCACAACUUAACCUGGUGGCUGGUGGUGACGUAUGUCUUCUUCAGCCAAGCCUUGUCCGCAUUCUUCAACCACAGGUUCUACCGAAGCACAUUCGUCUCCUACCCAAAGCAUAGGAGAGCCUUCCUGCCAUUUUUGUUUUAAAGCAGGCUUUAUGGUGAAGAACGCAAGCCAGGUGACAGAUUCCAUCCCUAGAGACACUGAGACAGAGACUGAAGUACACUUUCGGUAGGAACGUUUGACAGUCCCUGUUCUACUUCAGUGCCGAGCAGUGUUCACCGAGUGAGGCGCUCGCUGUUCCUGGAGAAGACAUUCCAGCUGACCUGGGCUUGCGGGAUCUGCUUUCUGCCAAGCUUUACAGACCCAGCUGAUAACAAGUAAACUGGUGUCUCCAAGCUGCUCUGUGGCCACACUAACCAGGAGUAUAAACAGCUGUGCAUGGGACAUGCAUGCUUGAGUGCCUCUCCCUCCCUCCCUCCCUCCCUUCCUCCUUCCCUCCCUCCCUCUCUCCCUCUCUCCCUCCCUCCCUCCCUCCCUCCCUGUCUCUCUCUGUCUCUCUCUCUCUUUCUCUCUUGCUGUGGGAACAGUGAACUGCACUGAGUGCUGUAGGAAAUCAUAGUUUUUUUUUAAUUAAUGUCACAUGCCAAUAAAAACAGGAAACUCUGAAAAUAACAUGAAUGUACAGUAUCAGACCCGUGGUUCUGGGAAGAAAGGAGUUUGCUGGAGUUAGUUACCAUUCUUCAUUUUCUCAUCGAUAUCUCCAGUUCUAGCCCCACUUGCCUUGCAACCAACCUAAUGAUAAGUUUGGAAACCUGUCUGAUGGAAUUCUCUUUUUGACGUUCGUACUGAAAACAUCAAGAAAUAAAAUAUUUUUGUACACA